CGUGUAGACAACUUGCCCCGCCUCCCCAAACGGACGCGCUAAAUUUGGGCGUGUUUCGGCCUCUCUGAUAGGCCGCUGUUUCAGGGUUUCAGGGACAGCCGCUAGAGUCCCACUGAUGACGACAUGAUCGGCAUACAAGUGUGCCCUGGAUUUGGAGGGGUAACUAAUGGACGGGGCGGCUGCGGCGGGGUUCGGACUGUUGGGUUUCGCAUUGAUCUUCUUCCGCCAGGCACAGUUUGAGCAUAAACUGGAGAAAACGCAUGCAGUUCCUAGUCUCUUACCCACAACCAUCCUCUCGAGUCACCCGCAACGCAUCGAACUGAAGACGAUCUUGGUCCCAUCCGCUUGGCAAAACACCGAAGACACCAUCGAGCAGCUACCUACAACCGUCACAAUGGGCAAGAUCAACACUAUCCUCCUCGACUGCGACAACACCCUCGUCCUGUCCGAGGAGCUCGCGUUCGAAGGCUGCGCGGACCUGAUCAACGAGAUCGCAAAAACCAAGAAUGUCCCGCUAGAGCGGCCCUUCACGGGCGAGUCGCUCAUCAUCGAGUUCGUGGGGCAGAACUUCCGGGGCAUGAUGGUGUCGCUGCAGAAGCGGUACGGCUUCGAUAUGACGCCGGCCGAGCUGGAUGACUACGUGCGGCGCGAGGAGGACGUGGUGAUUGCCAAGCUGCGCGAGAAACUCGUCGCCUGCCCGGGCGUCGACGACGUGCUAACCAAGCUGGCCGCGUCCGGGAAGUACAAGCUGGCCGUCGUGAGCAGCUCCGCGCUGCGCCGUGUCAAGGCCAGCGUCGAGAAGGUCGGCCAGGCCAAGUACUUCGGCGACGACAUCUACAGCGCCGCGACCAGCCUGCCGACGCCAACGAGCAAGCCUGACCCGGCUAUCUACCUGCAUGCGAUGAAGCAGCUGGGGAAGACGGCCGACGAGUGCGUGGCGGUCGAGGACAGCAAGAGCGGGACGCUCAGCGGCACGAGGGCUGGCCUCAAGGUCAUCGGCUAUGUUGGGCCGUACGCGGAGGGCGAGAGGGAAAAGAUGACCAAGAUCCUGAAGGAGGCGGGUGCCGUGGUGAUUAUGCAGCAUUGGAGCGAGUUCGAGGACUGCUUGGCGAAGAUCGACAGCGGCGAGGUGUAGCAUGCCUGUUCGCUUGAUUUGAGUCAGAUUCUUUGGUCCUGACGGUAAGGUGUUUUGAGAAGAGCGUGAUUAAGCGCCAUUGUGUUGUUUAUCUCAGGCUCGGAGCAUUGAUGGAUAGAUGGAAGACAGCUAUUUAAACUAUU